AGGGGCUGCAGCCUGUUUAGGUUCUCUGUGUAUUCUGAAUGAUGAACUUUGGGGUCUGCAGGAUGGUAAGGUUGGCUGUCAGCUGAAGGGCUAUACUGUCCUGAGCGCACUGCUUCCUGGGAUAGGGAGCGGGUAGAACCGGGGAAUCAGCAUUUGUUCAGAUGGGUUUGUUUUAAAGCAUGAUUGACGGUCAAAUGGAGAUUCUAGGUAAGUAAGAGGCGGGAUGGUUUGGAGGGAAGAGUCUGGACCACGGGUAGGAAUUGGGCCACCCUUGGCUCUGGAUGCUAUGGAAGGCCUUGAGUCUGGGUGAGGUCAUUGGAGGGCAGUGUGAGCCAGAUCAGGCUGAGCCUUGAGGAUAAAGGAUGCAUAAGAGAUCUGUAGCCCCAUCACAACUGAGGCGCUUGGUGUAGGACACAGGUGGGUAUACUGUGCCUGUGAGCAUAUCCUACCAACCGCUUGCUUUUGUGAUUCCAGUUGUACAAGAACACACCCAGACCGGGCAGGUGUUGGCUGUAGCUGCUUUCCUUGUGUGUCUAAAGGCCAAGUUGAACAGUUGUAGCUGAAAUAAGAUAGCAUGCAAUGCUUGAGAUAUUGUGCUCUCAGGCUUCUGGUUGAGUGACCCAAGUGUAUCUUUCUUGCGCGUUCCAGAGUGAUGCUUAUACUGUCUGGGGACCACUUCUUGCGAACUCUAUGUCUGGAUGAGGUUGUGUGCCUAAAAGUCAGGAGUCUAAGGGAAGGACGGGGAGCAUAAUUGUGCCAAUCCAGGAGGGAUAAGGAAAUAGAAUUGUGUCUAGGCACAGGAGCAAAGGAGCUGAUGAACAGGGCGUUUUAAAGGAAGCUGAGCCCUAGGCAUGAAGACAAGGGAGCCAAGCCGGAGAUGGAGAGAUUCCUGUACAGUACACUUAGAUGGUAGAGCCGAUACAGGGACUGUAAGGACAGGGAUAGGGUAUGAGUUCAGUUCCUGGUGUGGUUGUCUGUGGGAAACCUCCUUGGGAGGUUCCAAGUGGGGCUUGACAACCCUUUGCCAUCUUCUACCACUCAGGGUGAACCAUUCAGCCUGUGUUACCUGCCCAGCACCUCAGCUUCAUUGCCCUGACAAGCCUAAAGAAAAAGGGCCUCAUUUCCCUGUCACAGCUAGCAAGGCUGCCUGGGAUUGCUCCCUGAAACUCUGACAGCAAAGAUAAGCUACUUCCUGUUGAAGCCUUCGUUCCUAUCAGAUAGACAAGUUCAGAAUGCACACACAGGCCUCGACCUGUCUGUCCCACAGCACCAGGAGGUGCGGGGUAAGAUGAUGUCCGGCCAUGUGGAGUACCAGAUCCUAGUGGUGACCCGGUUGGCUGUGUUCAAGUCAGCCAAGCACCGGCCCGAAGAUGUCGUCCAGUUCUUGGUCUCUAAAAAAUACAGCGAGAUCGAGGAGUUUUACCAGAAGCUGUACAGUUGUUACCCAGCAGCCAGCCUGCCCCCGCUGCCUAGGAAGGUCCUGUUUGUCGGGGAGUCUGACAUCCGGGAGAGGCGAGCCAUGUUUGAUGAGAUCCUACGCUGUGUCUCCAAGGAUGCCCAGUUGGCAGGCAGCCCAGAGCUGCUAGAAUUCUUAGGCACCAGAGCCCCAGGGGCUACGGGCCUUGCCACCCGAGAUCCCUCUGUCUUGGAUGACACAGCCAGCCAGCCAGGGGACAGUGAUGAGGCUUUUGACUUCUUUGAGCAGCAGGAUGAAGUGCAGCCACCCACACUGGGCCUGAGCAGCAAGGAUGUGGAGAAGUCCUUGGUGGGAGAAGAGGAGGAGGAGGAGGAGGAGGAGGAGGUGCUGGAUCCCCUGGGUAUCAUGCGCUCCAAGAAGCCCAAGAAACGCCCAGAAGUGGCCGUGAGGCCCAAGCCUGCACCUCGGCUCACCAUCUUUGAUGAGGAGGUAGACCCUGACGCGGGGCUCUUCAGCUCAGACAAGAAGGUGUCUGAGACCCGGAGACCCCUGGAGACCACACAGGACUCCCUGAAGCUGUUUGAUGACCCUGACCUUGGCGGGGCUGUCUCCCUGGGUGACCCUCUACUGCUGCCUGCUGCCAGUGAGAGCAGAGGGCCCACAUCCCGCCCAGAACACGGGGAUGCCUCCAAGGAGCUGUUCAGAGUUGAAGAGGACCUGGACCUGAUUCUGAACCUGGGAUCUGAACCAAAGCCCAAGCCCCAGACUAAGCCCAAGCCUCUAGUCCCAGCUAAGCCAGCAUUGCCCAGGAAACCAACUCUGCCCGCAUCAGUGGGCCCGUCAGAACCUGGGUCUGGACCGCAGAAGCAGCAACAGAUCCAAGCUAUGGAUGAAAUGGACAUCUUGCAGUAUAUCCGGGACCAUGACACACUUGCCCAAGACUCCCCCAGCCUCUUCUGACUUCCCCACAACCCUGCCUUUCACCCUAUGCUGGGCCUGGGGAGGAGGCCUGUAUGUGACUAUGUGGGUUCUGCUUACCAGGCAGGGACUCCCCAGCCCCAGUCCCACAUCCUUCUUUUCUCUUGGGCUAUGGGAUGGACAAGGACUCUCUGCAGACUGUAGAGCUGGGAACACCACAGGAAUUAAGCCGUAUCAUGUCCACCCAGCGGGCUAUGGAAAGGAGGGCAUUUGUGAGCAUGUCUUGAGAUCAGAGGACAGUGCCCCCACCAAGGGAAAGGACAUCUUCUUCAUACUUGUACCCACUGGCUCUGCCAGCUCAGCAUGGGAAGUGGGGCUUAUCCUGAGCCUAGGCUGGGCUAAAGGAGAACAUGGGACAGGCCACUCUGAACUCUCUACUUAGCAUGGCUGCUCGGGCCCCCAAGGUGUGUUCUGAGGAGAAAGACCAGCUCUCCAGGCUGCCCUGACCCAAGUCCCUUCUCAGGCUCUUCUGGCUUCCAAUGCUAAGAAGAAAACGUAGUCCCAGCCUUGCCUUUCUAGUGCACGGAGGGCUUCCAGGACCCCAAGCCUUCUACUCCCUUUCCCACGAGAGGGCCUGGCCAGCCCAUGGUCCUUGGAUGUGGCUUUCAACAAAGUAGGUCUUAGCAUCUCCCAGAGUUUAGCCCAUGGGGUUUGAGGCUCUGAGGCCUCGUCUGCCCUCAGGAUCUGAACUUGCUCGUCAGCCUUUCUCCAGUGGAGCCACCAGCCAAGCUGUGCCCAGAGCAACCCUGUGCCUUCCAGUAGAUGGUGUUUUGUGGAGCAUAGAAUGUUAGAAUGUAUUCUGUGUGUCAGGGACUUUUUUUUUUUUAAUGAAACACAUUUUUUUUUAAAACAAAAUGCAGCCACUUUGUUCCUUGGGUCAGUUGUGCUUCACAGAGGCAUUAGAAGGGCCCAGUUGGGUCCAAGAGUCACUUUCAGGAGCCCCUGAGUGGCACAGUUCAAUUGUUUGUUGCCUUCAGUAUCUUGGGUCCCCAGCUCCUACUCUGUAGUAAGACCUACAGGAUCAGACUAGGAGUAUCAAGUCUGACAGCCUUUCAUCUCACUGUGUCCCCUGUCACCUGCCUAGUUCUGAGCAGGUGUCCAAGCUGUUCUGUGUAAGGACCGGAUACUCUGCUCUCCUAGGUUAAGGUCCCCAGAGCUGAGGACUGACUCUAGACAGCCUCCACCCAACUCUGCUUCCCUUUCACCAGCAGGCCUUCACCCCCUCCAUCUCUUGGUGCCUAGAACUCAGCCCAGUGCCCAGAAGCCCCUUCCUCUCUGACUGCGGAGGAAGGUUCACGUGGCCCAAUCUUUUGUAGAGCCACCCUACUGUGGUCCCUGGGCAUCUUUGAACCCUAGUCCCUUUAUAUCCAUUCCUGUGUGCCUUGGCUACCAGCUCUCUACCUCUUUCAUACACACCUUGCACCUACUUUGGGUGACAGAUGACAUAGGAGCCAAUGGGUGUGUAGGAGCUUGGAUGACCAUGGACUGAUCCCCACGUGGGGUCCCUAACAGUAUCUGACCUGACCUACCACUCUCUAGUGUGGCUUUGCCCACUAGUGGGGACUUGUCUGCUGUGGAGCUUUUGGGACACCCUGGCAUGGUUGUUUGCCCCACAGAUAGCAUUUUUCCAAUCAUGACUUCUUUUGAUCACUGGUCUGUGACCUACAGCCAGUCUGUCUCCCAGUUAUCCAGUAAAGUCUGUGUGUGAUAAAGCCAGAA